UGUGACAGUGUAUGAUAGGCAAAUAGCUCAGUGACUUACAUAUUGUGCUUGCUAAUGAAUCUAGCUAGCUUUGUGGACAGCAGUAGCCAAGAGUUUUGCCAAAGAAAGUCAAAAGUGUAAGUUAUGCUAAUGGUUAGCACAUGAUCGACAUAAAAAAAUCUGGAAGACACGUUGCUGGUAAUAUGAAAUUUGGCAUCUAUCCCGAUCACUAAGAAUUGGACACAUUGUAACACACGGAACUGCGUUGGAUGACUCAGUAAGGUGUGGGAUGAUACAUGUAGUUUUUAUAUGAAUAAUGGAAAUUUAGGAGUGGAUCCGUGAAAAUUGUUAUGAUGUUUACAUUAUUGCUGUAAAAUGCACAGGGGACAAAGAGGGAUGGCCACGUGAAAAUUGGCUUAGCCACCGUUAAGAGAUUCGCAGACUCUGAAGCCACCACACCCAAUUCGGUUAUUCUAAACGGAGUUUUUUCAUGCGACAACUUUUGGGUCAGGAUAAGAGACAUUUUAUUUUAAAAUAUCGGACGAAAUAUCAUAGAACUCAGAGUGAGAGUAUUUCAGGUGAGAUUUAGGUAAUGGAUGCUCAUGACCACCCAGAUUCAAAUGAAGACUUCCCGUUGAUACCGCCAAUCGAACCAACACCCAUGACAAUAACUCUCGUGAUGGCAGACUCAAAUAGGGACCCUCCCAGAAUACCGCCGCCGCCGUGCACGUGGAGUGGCCCGAGACAGGCGAACCAUGUCAGGUCAACUGGUCAUGCAGCCGUACCAGCAGGGGCACAAGCAAUGGCCGCACAACCCGGGCCCGGGUCAAGCGCUGACAUAUUUUCCCCGAUAGCGGCCGGACAGGCACGAACGUCUCAAAACAUGACGAGCGAAGGACAACAAACAGUUGUUGUGAUAGCACUUGAUAUGAGCGAUCACACUGAUUACGCUUUCGAUCAUUACAUGAGGCAUCUCCACCGGCCAGACAACCGCAUCAUCCUCGUUCAUAGUGUCUCAUCGCCACAUCUUGAUGUCCAGAUGCCCAGCUCUGGAUCGGGAGCUCCCCUUUCGUACGUGGAGACUUCACCAGACUACCUUAGAGAUAUUCUGCAGAAGAAACAGGAUCACAUUUCACGCGUCAGACAACAUUUCGAGCAGAAGAUCAGAGCACUUCCGCGUUCUGUUCACUACACGUUCAAUUUCAUGAGCCACUCCUCUACACCAGGUGAGCCAAUCAUCGACAUCAUCACAAGAGUCCGUCCCUCAUUCGUCGUCCUCGGAUCACGUGGUCUCGGAACCCACAGCAGGAGCGUUCUGAGCAGUGUCUGCCAAUACGUCAUGAACCACACCAAUACCCCAGUGUUCAUUUGUCACCAAGGGGAGAAGAAUUAUUAAACUUGCCAUGUUUGCACCAAACUAUUUGACAACGAAAGCGAGCUAAAACAGGACAAUUGGUAACAGCAUAUUCUCUCCUUUAUCGAGAGCGGCUCUUGAAGUCGAUGACAAUUGUGCGGACCUUCCAGCAUCAGCUGUUGGUUUAGGGCUCUAGUCGCAAAGGAAAGAGACAAUGCUUUAAAUUUGCUUCAGAGAACCGGUACCGAUAUACUGUAGAUGAAUAAUUUCUACAUAAAAUUAUUUACCGAUUCCGGCCGGACUUUUUAGUUCGACCAGACGUUCACCCGUCUGGAAAGAUGACGGCCACCCUUCGAGCUGCGAUUUUGUAGGCAUCUUUGUUUGAUUGUGAUUUUUUUCAUUUCCAAACACGAAAUAUAAAUAAAGAUGGUUAUAUCAAAGCCUUAGCCUA